AAGAAAUUCCAACUCUUCAAUAUCUUUGUAGGGUACGUGGACUAGCGCCCAAUACCUCUCAGCUGCCAAAGGCCCUCUUUCAGACCCUCAAGUGUAGACCAAGAGAAGCCAAAGGGAAAAGUCCGCCCCUCUAUUUCCUUUUGGGUAACCCCCGCUUCACUCGUUGUGACUCAAUCUCAUUGGAUAAUCACAGACCUAUAUCGGUUGUCAUGCUAGGCUUUAUCAAGUCACUGGUACGAAAGGAAGAACGCCGGUGGUGCGGUGUCUGUCUCUUCGAGCUCAAUCCGACGGCUAAACCACUCCCGUCGGACGUAGGUGAGCGAUGGGAGUACGCAUUUGCGGAGUGUGACUCUCGCGAGUUUAGUUUUGCGGAUCUAGUCAAUUCCUCUAAGCGUGGAUGCGACCGAUGCACAACUCUCCUCUUAGCGUUUGAGACGUUGGUCGGGGAAUUCAAGGAGGCCACAUGGAAUCCUAACCUAAACUCGCCCGGAAGCCCAUUCUUAGAAAUCACCAAGGCCGAUGGCACAAAACAGAAUUUGGAGCUCUGCUGCAACGACACGUCAUUGGAUAAGCCAGUACUAUUUGCAGACGAGCCGUGUCUACAGCCUGCUUUAUGCAGAGGCUACAAACUCCCACGCUCAACAGGAGGCGAUAAAUCUCUCAGCCAGGCGGCAGUUUGGCUAGCCGAGUGUCGAAAUUCUCACGACCAAUGCCGAGCCUAUGAUGCAGCAUUUGUGCCAAGCCGACUUCUCUACUUGGGGACAAAGCAAACUAACACCAUCGAACUGGUCGAUAAUUUGGAGCAUGCUGUGCCAUAUGCCGCCUUGAGUCACAGAUGGACACAGGAAACGCCAACAAAGAGUCUCCUGACAACUAAUCUGCAGGAUCGAAAGCAGCAUGGCAUGCCUAUGGCAAGCCUACCUGAGAUGAUGCAGGAUGCCGUUUCUGUGCUGCGCCGACUAGGAAUCGAGUAUGUAUGGAUCGACUGUUUAUGCAUAGUGCAAGAUGAUAAAGAGGAUUGGAAAAAAGAGGCUGCUUUGAUGGCAUCUAUCUAUUCCUAUGCUGAACUCACAAUCGCGGCAUCCUGGUGCGACAAGGUCGGGCAGCGCCUCUUCAGAGACCACAGCGCGCCCCACGAAUCAGCGGUAGAUGUUGCUAAGAUUGGUGGGCAAUCCAUCUUUAUCCGCCGUAGGAAGCCUCAUUUCAACUGGUCGGGCACCGAGUCAGAUAUGUUCGGCUAUACGAUGACGGAAAAUCCAGACAUAGAAUGGCCGACUUUGACCCGAGGCUGGGUAUAUCAAGAACAACUACUUUCGCGCCGAAUGCUUCAUUUCACGCGAAAUGAGCUAAUUUGGGAGUGUCUCGAGGCAACCCAGUGCGAGUGUGGGUGGUUUGAUAAUAACAAUGUCCGCCAACAAGGGACUGAAGAGUCCUAUAAACGAGCUGCCGGCGACAAGACGUGGGCUGAGGUAAUCAAAGAAUACGCCAAACGCCCUCUUACUGUUGCUACAGAUAGGCUACCGGCUCUAGGGGGUAUUGCCAAGACAACCGCGGUGGAAAAGGGAUAUGAUACAGAGGAGUACCUGUGCGGGCUUUGGGAAAAGGAGCUUGAAAGCACCUUUUUCUGGUAUCUCACCGAGCCUCCCUGUGGUCAGCGGCCCAACUCCCAGAUCCCAACAUGGUCAUGGGCCUCUGUGGAUGGAGAUAAAGAUUGUUGGCAGGUUUCUAUAGAGGGUAUCGAGUUUUUGGGAAGUGACGUGAAAUAUGCCUCCGGCAGUAACCCGUUCUUGGGCGACGUGGUAAGCGGAACAUUGUCACUCGCCGGACAAGUAGUUUCCGGAACCAUUUAUCACGGCCAGGAUUGGACUAGUACCCUGGAAACACUGCGCGAUGCCACUGGCUCUUCUCUUCUGCUCACUAGCGAGAGAGGCACAGAAGAGUAUGGAUUGCAGAUUGGCGGGCAAUUUGCAACAUUCAAUCCAGACUACAGAUUGGAUUUACCAGGAAAUGAUUUCAUCUGUUCUGGUUCGCAAGUCCUUUGCUUGCUCUUUGGACGUACGACUUCAGGCGAGUGGGAUCCUGAUUCAGGCGAAGGAACUGAGACCGUUAGAGCGAAUCUUCUCGUGUUACGCCGUACGAGCGAAGAGCCUCCUCGAUACGAGAGGAUAGGAGUGAAUGAGAGCUGUAUUGAACUGGACUCAUUUCUUAGCCAGUCUGAAAGGCGUCAGCUGACUUUGGUAUAAUACCCAAACGGGUAUAUGCAGUGCACACACCUAUGUAUUAAUAGCCUACUCCCAUUAGUUUCGCACGUGGCCGCCGGCUACUGGGCAAUAUUAUUCAAGCCAUGACAGUUGCAGUCACUUCAUGUUUCGGGUAGAGAUACAACUCAUGCAUCAACUCUCUAAAACGGAAAGGAUUUAGGCACCGCUCUUGUCGCUAUAAAAAGACGAUUCAUGCUGCUAUUGCCAGGCAAAUAGCGGAACGAACUUGUGAAACUACCAGAGUCGACGAUGAUAGUGAGACAGCAUGAAGAACAGUGGCCGGCGGGCACCGAUGCUUAAAAUAAUAGCCAAUCCGUACCGCCUAUGCUAGAAUUUCUGGUACUAGUAUAUAGUAGAAUGCACAAGUCGAC